UGCGUAGUAGAAUAACAGAUGUCACGCGAUCAAGCACACCAAAUAUUCCUGAUCUGUAAACAGCAAAAUGUCAACACUUUCUUCGUUCAUAAUUCUUUGGAUUCUCGCUGCAGGAGUCUGCCACUGUGAAUCAAGAUCCAUUAACUUCACAGACUGUGGAUCUCAAGAAGGAAAGGUCAACAAAUUCGACAUAACUCCAUGUGGUUCAGAUCCAUGUGUCAUAAAACGUGGAGUCGACGAAACUGCUAAUUUAACGUUUGUCGUUUCUGAGUACAUAACAUCAUUACAUCUCAAAGCGUGGGUUAUUAUCAAGGGUAUGAACAUUCCAAUACCACUUCCUACUGAUGCUUGUAAAGGAUACGGGCUUACUUGCCCCAUAAAAGCAAAACAAACAGCGAACUUCAUUAUCAAGGAUCACGUUCCGAAUGACUUUCUAACGGGAAAUUUAUCGCUGAAGGUAGAGUUUAUCGAUCCUGAGAAAAAGAUUGUGGUCUGUUUUGAGUUUCCCGUGGUUGUGGAGUAGGUAGAACAGUAGGUAGAACAGUGGAGUAUAGAGGGAAAGCGAACACUGAAAUGAUGAAAUUAGAUUGAGUCGUAUAAAUUAUGCAUAAUGAGCAACAGAAGCUCAAAGCGUAUUAAUGCUUCUACUUAUAAUACUUCAUUUGCCUGGAACAACGUUUAAUGUUGUUUAAAAUCGAAUAAGAAUAGUAUUUUUAAUACAAAAAAUAAGGAAAAUGUAAAAGGAAGUACAUCUUUACCGUUAGGUUCCGUAAUUUGUUGAGUAAAUUAUGUCAAAAUAAUGAAAUUAAAAUAUAAGAAAUGGAUGA